AACUUGUCGUGGAAAGUCAUACUGUAAGACGAACUGUAUUUUUUUAUUUGAAAGUUAUUGCAACAAUUCUGUACACAUCAAUGAACCCAUUGGUAAUUUAUCUGCUUAGUCGUGUAUAUUGUUUAAAGAUGCACAACUAUAUUCAUGCAUGUGAUAUUUUGACAAGUUUCGGUCUCGAUCCAGUUUGGAAGCGAAGGCGACCCCGCCUCGGCGGUCACGUGAUCAACUGGUGUGGGUGUUUACCUGCUAAAAGAAGUCAGACUAGUCAGACCAGCAUCUCAAGGUUCUCAUGGCCUUGAAAAGCCACUGUUGGUAGAAACUGGACGGACGAAUUGGUGUGUGCUCAUAUUCCCCUGUCUGCUACUGCCGCUUCCACUCACCUGGACCAAUGGGGGGGUCAGACGGAGCAGGUAUGAAACAGGUCAUGACAUGACGGACACUGAAUUCCUCUGCUACAGCGAAACCUGGUGUAGGCGUUAGUCUUUGGUGAGAGAAAUGGAUUUGAACCCAUAAUUCCAUGUGAAGGAUUUGGUUUUCUCAACACACCUGUACAUGCGUCGCCUGGCUCUGCUGGUGGCCCUGCGGGUCAGCGGGUUGCUGCUGUGCUCCUCAACACUAUGCGCUUGUCUGGAGAAGUGUGAGCAGGGUGUAGUCGGGCAGAGGCUCCAGCUUCCCUGCUUUUACCAGAGAGCAUUUGGGAAUUUCUCAAUGGAGUGGAAGAGGGACAGUGAGGUGGUGCUGCGGUCGGUGUGGCAGGUGGACAAACGUGUGGAUCUGUGGAGGAAGCCCUCGGUCACCAUGGCAGCUGAUGCUCCACGGACUGGAAACUUCUCUCUGGAGCUGCUCCAUACUGAUCCAACAGAACACAACACAACUUAUGGGCUGUUCAUACACACACACAACAUCACUGUGCUAGUGUGUUCAGUGUGUGUUCGAAUGGCAGCAAGUUUCAGUGGACCUCAGCUGAUGAGAAGAGCAUCAGUAGUCCCGGGUGGGGAGGUGGUCUUCUCCUGUCGCUCCUCUGGUGGUUUCCCUGAACCCUCUGUGUCCUGGCUCAUCGAUGACAGCCUGAAGCCCCCUGAAGACUCAGUGGAGACCAUUGUCAUGACCCUUCCAGACUCCCACCUAUACAACGUCACCAGCCAUCUCACGCUCAACAUCUCCAUGCAGUCCAAUGUCUCCUGCACCAUAGGAAAUGAAGCGCUGAACGAGACCAUGACAGCCACCAGCUACGGGGUGAAAAUCAGUCCGGUGGUGAGCAGAGCGUCAGAGGCCAUGUGGAUCUUCAGCACGGCUCUCUGUGUGGUGGUCGGCGUGAUGGUGGCUGUGGGUGUGGCCUAUCAGAUCCACCUGGACCGAGUGAGUAAGAGGAAGAAGCUGGAGUACCAGGAGAGUCAUCUUCACCGAGGACGCAGGUGGCGUCAUCUGUACAUGGAUGAGACAGAUGAGCUCAAAUCGGAGCCCAAAGAGACUGAUGUUUAAAUCCUGACCGAGGACACUUUCAGCCGAGUCACAUGGCAUCAGGAUGCUUCACUGAGCAGUUCAACACAAGGAAAUUCCCUGCUGUGGCACUUGGGCUCUCAACUUCUCACAUUUCUGUUCCGCCAUGUGCAAAAUGUUUGACUGGGAUUUGGAGGAUUUUUUAAAAUCUCCAGAUGGAUAAACAAGUAUAAAGGUCUUUAUUUUGAUUGUUUAGUACAAUUAUUUUUACAAUUUACAUUUUAGUAUAAUUUCAAACAGCCACUUAAUCCGUUAAACUUGACAAUCUCAUAACUGCCACAGUUAAAAGAGGUGUCCAAAGAUUCAUUUUUUUAUCUUUGAGAUGAAGGUGAUAGAACUGGACCUGGUUUACAAUGCAUUCACACCUAUUUUCUACGAAAUAAA